AUGCUGCUUAUCGACUGCUUUCGUCGGCCCUCGCACGAGCUACAGGUGAGGAAAAAGCAGUCUUCAAAGGAGCUGGUGCAGAUGCGGAAAUCGUACCGGGAUCCAGUGAAAAUUUUACUCCUCGGAGCAGGCGAAUCCGGAAAGACGACGAUUAUUAAACAGAUGCGUAUUCUGCACAUCCAGAACAGCUACAGUUUCGACGAGCGGUUGGAGAAACUGGCAGACAUCUACGAGAACAUACACGAAUCCAUCUACGAGCUGGUGCGGCAAGUGGUCCUGCUAGAUUUGGAGUUUGAUUCGGUCAGCAAUCAGCGAUGUGCGGAGUACAUCCUUCGGAUGGGCCACGAGGCUCCUUGGAAUCUCUCGACAGAGUACGUCCGAUGCGUGCGAUUAUUGUGGUCGGACUCUGGUGUAAAGCGAUGCUACAGGCGCUCGAACGAGUUCCAGCUUAUCGACAGUGCAAAAUACUUUCUCGACCGUGUGGAGAAGAUCUCAAUGCCUGGGUACAUCCCGAAUAACAGUGACAUCCUGAAUUGUCGUAAGAUCACUACCGGAAUUCAGGAGAUUCGGUUCAAUGUUCGUAUGCCCGGAUCGAUGGGUGGAGGUGUGCAAGAAUUCCGUAUGUUCGAUGUUGGCGGUCAAAGACACCAUCGCAGCAAGUGGAUGCAGGCCUUCGAAGGUGUACACGCAGUGCUGUUUUUGAUUUCCUGCGGAGGCUUCGAUCAAACGUUGCGAGAAGACCCGAAGCAGAAUCGGUUGGCAGAGGGGUUCGACUUGUUCCGGGGAGUGUGGCAUAAUCGUUUCCUUGCUGAAACUGGAGUGAUCGUUUUCAUGAAUAAGCAAGAUGUGCUGGAGCAAAAAUUGGCCUCGGGAAAAUCGAUACGAGAACACUUUCCCGAUUAUGACGAUUAUAUUGCGUUCGCUGAUAAAGAUCAGCUGUACGAUGAACUGGCAAGAACGCGAUCUUUCAUACGAUCGAAAUUGGUGGACAUAACAAAUGAGCCACCCAGACGAACUUCCCAUCUGGCAGGAAGAAAGCGGACGUGCUUUUUCCAUUUUACCGUUGCAACAGACACACAAAACGUACGGACGGUGUUUAGUGAUGUACAUAAUAUUAUUCUCACUAGAAAUUUGUCCAAACUCGAUCUGCUUUAAUAUCAAGAAUCUGCUUGGAAUGACCGAAAGCCAGGAAUGAGUGCAUAUUUAUUAGACGAGGAAAAAAGGCUUUCGAUAUAUUAUAA